CAUUUCGACAUUAGGUUGCUGAUUUGUGUGUAAUUUUGAAACAUCCAUUUCAGCUUAAUUCUAUUUCCAUAAUUGUGAUUGAAUAUUUUCAUUGAAUUUGAUAUAAAUCAUUUGUAAUGGAAAAUCUUGUAAAACAAGCAAUGUCGAGUUUUAAAAACAAUAUCAGUAAAUAAAAAGUAGAGCCGUUGAAAAAUUAUACUUGUUCAUAAAAUUUGAUAUAGACAUUUUCGGAAAUAGUGUAUUAGUUAAUGUGUGACGCUUGGAAGUAUGUAGAUUCUCCUCUCGUGUUUUUUGAGCUUUUUGCUCGUGUAAAAGCUCAUGCGAGAGAAGUAUCUACUUUGCCGCACUGGUUGGGAGUGUACAAUCGUUGAAAAUCACACAGGUAAAUUUGAAAAAAGAGCAUAUGACAUAAGUGAUCUAGUUUUGAUGACAGGAGAACCACACGCACUUGCAAAGUUCAUAGCGAUCCAUGCGAAAAUAUCGAGCACGAGGACGAAUGGACGCAACUUGUCAAAAAGGAAUGCCAACUUCAGGUGAGUCCAGGACUCGGUAGACAAAUAUCAGUUUCCAGAAAUACUGCAGGAACAGGGUGCGAAUCGAGAAGAAAACAGUCGUCUCGGCGGAUGCAGGCGGGCUCGCUUAUCAGCUACGCGUGGCCGCGCGCACAGGUGUGCGCGGGCGGGCAGUGAACGAGCGAGCGAGCGAGCGCGCGAAGGCCGCGGCGGCUCGGCGCGCGCUUUCGCGCUACCGCGGCAGCCGCUCGCUCCUGCGCCGGCAGUGUGGUAUCGGUCCCGCCGCGGACUCGCACGGACCUGCCGAGCGCGCGCCGAUUUCGCAAGCCGCCCGAGCGCGCCGGAUCGCGGCUUGCUUUCCCAGUGCAGUGGCCGAGCCGCGCCCGCGAGCUGCCGCUGCAGCGGCGCGCCAUGUUGCUGCUGCUGCUGCUCGUGCUUGCCUUCGCCGCCUCGCUGCACGCCUACGACAGACCUGCCAACUUGUCCGUCCACGCCACUUCCGAUCGCAUCUUCUUCCCCGAUCAGCCGCGUCGGCUGCCGAGCCCGGACCAGCGGCUUCUGAGCUCCCUAGAUCUGGCAAAACGGAUCAACUCGAUAGAGAGCGACCAAGACUUUUACGAGCUCUUCCAGGUCUACCCGACUCCGCAGUCCUACUCUCCAGUCUUACUCGAGCGGAUCGCCGGGGACGAGCGCUCCUCCAAAGUGAUCAAGGCCAAGCCGGCGAUAUGUAUGCCAGAGGUGCAGGUAGUGCCGGUCGUCGAGAAUGCCGACCCUUCCGAGUUCUACUUUCCAAGCUGCGUGCGCAUGAAGCGCUGCGGAGGGUGCUGCAACCACGAGCUUCUAUCUUGCCAAGUGACGGCUCUGGAAACGCGCAAUUACGAGAUCCUCGUCACGAAGGUGGACAAGUACUCGGGAGAAAAUAUUGUUUUCAAAAAAAUUGUCCCGCUCGACGAACACACGGCGUGCCUAUGCGAUUGUACAAAGAAAGAGAAGGAUUGCACUGAUAAGCAGUUUUACCUGAAAGAAGAAUGUAGAUGCAGUUGCAAGAAUUCCGACGAGGAAUACAAGUGUCAACAGCAAAACGAGAAAAAGUACUGGGACCCGAACAGUUGCUCUUGCCAUUGCCGCAAGGUCGAAGAGUGCUUCACGAAUGCUUACUUCGAUCCAAACUCAUGCAGCUGCAAAAGUUUGCAACUGUCGAGACAGUGGUUCAACAACGAGAGGAGAACCAGUUACAACUUCAGACAACUUGGAAAACCUAAAGAAUCGCCGCCCGUUAUUGUUACGUUGGACGCCAACGAUCCUAGGAGAAAGCAUAAAGAAGAUCCCGAAUAUAAAUGAGCUCUGACAAUAUUCUUUAUUUCUGUCUCUAUUUUCACUUUUUUUUCAAACAGUGAUCAAUUUUCAGUACCGGUUUGUCUGUCUUUUUCCAUAAUUUGAACUGAUUUUUAGCAAGUGAAUCAACUAAUCAACUAAAUAGUAUUGAAUGAAUCACACCUUUCAACAAUGUAUUAUGUAAUCAUUUUGUGCGAUUAGCUGCUAAUGUGCAAACAUGCAGCCGAGGUACCUGCAAGCCUCAUAAAAGGAUUUCACUUUGCACAUCAUCGUUAUUAUUAUUCUUAUUAUUAUUAUUAUCAUUAUUAUCAUAAUAUUAUCGCAAAUUCAAGUACAUGCAUCGCGAGAUCUUUAUCGCUGUUUUAUGCAUAUCUAGUUAGUUAUCAUUGUUAGUUGUAUGUAGUUAGCAUCUGGUUUGCGAUGUAUAUAAUGUUUCUUGUAAAUAAUGUUUCUUUCGUUUCACUUCGGCUGUUCUGCCCAAGUUUUUAAGAAAAUAACUAUUGCUUUACGAUUGUUAUUUGCUGUUUUUUCAGCAUCAAUUCAUGAUACCAAGGCUACUUUGGCGGCAAUCAACACUUCUUCAACUACCUACACCUCUAUUCACGUGUACUAUAAGCUAUUUAUUAUCUAUAAUGAUGUCUAUAAUGAUCGAAUCUUUUCGAGAACUACAUUUUAUUCUACGUUUCAAGUUAUAUUUUAUACAUUUUAAUUUACCGAUUCUUUGGAUGUGAUAUGACUCAAGUUCAAUUCAUAUUUUUACUUAAGUAUUGUACAGUUAGAUGUGUAUAUAUAAAGAUACUUGUCUUCUAGUAACUAACAUUACAGAUGAAUUCGUAUACAACUGUUAUAUAACUUAUUACUUUGGUUGGAUAACAUAAAUGAUAUAAAACUAUCGAAUAAGUUUGUAGUAAUAAUUUUUAUUGCUUUUAGUUUCUUCAUGUCUUAUUUUUCCAAUAAUGGCCUUGCAGAGAUAACACUGUAUAAUGUAGUGUCAUUUUAUCAUUUUUAUCGGCGAUUUCCUUUCAACAGUAUAAAAUUUGUGUAUUUAGACAAAUCCUAAACAAAUAUUUCAAAUAGUAUAUAUGCAAUAACUUACAAG